CAGCUGUUCGACCUGCAUGUGAUCUGUUUGGUUUGUGACAACAGAUUGAACUGAAGCGGUAUCUUCGUUGAUAGAGGUUCUUCAAAAUCGAAAGGAUAAGAUGACUCCCGAUAUUGUGUGACCAAGAGGAAUACUUCUCACUCUGUUUCCUUCAUAAAGCUGAAGCUUGUUCCAGGUGACUUCCGGUAAGAAGUGUGGUUCACCCUGGACUCUGGACUCUGGACUAGAGCUAUGGACACAUCACCAUCAGGCAGCCCAACGGCCAGCAGUCCUCCCGCCACCGCUGUGCGGACAGACCCUCCCUCGCCCAGAUUUUCCCCUAAACUCACCAUGCCAACCCGUCCGACCAAGCUGCUGCCGACCUACUCGACGGCAUCCUCUCAGUCUGCGCCUCGUGCUUAUUCCCGCUCCUCUUCUUUCCCCAAGCCGACCGCUUCAGUGCACUGCUCGCCCGUCAGAAGCCCCUCUCAGCUAGGGAGAGCGCAGCUCAACGCUGCUUCCUCAGCCACUGCCGAAACAUCAGCCACAGCUUCUACCAUGCCUGAAACAGAGGAGCCAGAGGAAGAGGUCAGUCUCGAGGAUGUGGCUGAGAAAGCAAAGUCAGGUGAUGCUAAAGCGCAGGCUAAGAUGGGCCGCUUCUUCCUGGCUCUGGCCCAAGAAAGAGAUGAGGAACUGAACCACUGCACUGCGGUCACCUGGCUGAUCCAGGCCGCUAAACAGGGCCGCAAAGAUGCUGUGAAGCUUCUGCAUCAAUGCUUAGCCUCCAGGCAAGGCAUUACUCUUGAGAACUACGAAGAGGUGAAGAAGCUGUGCAUGGAAACCCGUUUUGAGAGGGGAGUUCGUAAAGCAGCUCUGCUCAUGUACUGGAAGCUGAACCCGGAGAAGAAGAGGUUGGUAGCUGUUUCUGAGAUGCUGGAGAACGUAGAACACGUCCACACAGAUCAAGACAAACCAGCCUCGCAAGGCCCUCUCAACAGCUCUGCAAAGAAACAGAGGAGAGUUCUGCAGACGAUGGUGACAAGCGAGUCCACCACCCACGUCGGGAUGGAUGAAUUUGUCGAGAUGACAAAAAAGUACGCCCAGGGAAUUGCGCCGCCUCCCGCCUUGGCGACGGUGUCGGGCAGCGACGAAGAUGAUGACGACGACGUGGUGGUGAAGAAUCCAGAUGAGCUGCCCCUACACCAAAAGGUAGGAGUGACACGGUCGCCGGGAGGAAGGUUCUUCACGACGGUGUUUCAGCUUGUCCGUUUGUCUUGGCACCAGCUGCUGAAGUUCCCACUUCACGCUCUGCUGGAGAUCAAGGAGCACCUCAUCGACUGGGCGUCGCGGGCGGGCAUGCAGUGGCUCAGCGCCCUCAUCCCCACGCAUCACGUCAAUGCACUUAUUUUCUUCUUCAUCAUCUCCAACCUCACCAUCGAGUUCUUCAUAUUCCUCAUUCCUUUGCUGGUUUUUUACCUCUCCUUCUUCUCCAUGAUUAUUUGUACGCUGCGGGUAUUCCAGAACUCCAAAGCCUGGGAGAACUUUCGGGCCCUAACUGACCUGCUGGCUCACUUUGAGCCUGGUCUUGAUCUGGAGCAAGCUGAGACCAACUUUGGACGGACACACUUGGAGCCCUAUUUGUACUUCUUGCUCUCGGUGGUCUUCGUUGUGUUCUCCUUUCCGGUGGCCGACAAGUCGUGGAUCCCGUGCUCCGAGCUGGCGGCGGUGGCCCUCUUCUUCACAGUCACCGCCUUCCUCAGCCUCCACGCUUCCGCCAAGUUGUUCGCUCGCAAGGCCCUGCUCACGGAAGUACUCUCGGGCGCCUGCUCCCUCGCUUACCUACUGCCGGACUCCCUGUGGGUGCUCAAGAUCUUCGGGAAAACGUUCAUCUCGGUGCCUCUGGGUGACAUCGUGGCGUUGAACAUCGGUGUGCCCUGCGCCCUCUACGGCCACCUGGUCUACCUCCUGUUCCGCAUGGCCCAGCUGAGAGGCUUCAAGGGGACUUAUCUGUGCCUGGUGCCAUAUCUGGUUUGCUUCACGUGGUGCGAGCUCUGCUUGGUGUUCCUCAAUAACGCCACCGCCAUCGGCCUAAUACGGACUUGCGCCGGCUACUUCCUCUUCCUGUUCGCACUGCCCGUUCUCUCCCUGGGCCUGGCCGCGAUACUUGUCAUCCAGCUCCUGCAGUGGUUCGUGGCCUUGGAGAUCACCAAGAUGGCCGUCACACUGACUGUGUGCUUCGUGCCGGUCGUUCUGAGGCUUUGGACCCGCUUCAGCCUGAACCCCAUUAUGUUGUUUCGUUCGCUGUCCAGGAGCAGCAUCGUCAAACUCAUCCUGGUGUGGCUCAGCGCCGUGCUGCUCUUCUGCUGGAUGUACGUGUACAGAUCGGAAGGCAUGAAGGUGUACAACUCCACUCUCACGUGGCCGCAGUACAGCAACAUGUGCGGCCCAUCGGCGUGGAAGGAGUCCAACAUGGCCCAAACUCAGAUCCUCUGCUCCCACCUCGAAGGCCACAGGGUCACCUGGACGGGCCGCUUCAAAUACGUGCGAGUGACAGACAUCGAGAACGGGGCGCAGUCGGUCAUCAACCUGCUUCCCGUCUUGGUGGGGAAUUGGAUGCGUUGUCUGUAUGGUCAGCCGUAUCCUGCAUGCGACAGGACGCAAGACGCCCCGGUGGGGCCUCACCCUUUCCUGGCUCCGCCGCUCCAAGACCCCCUCUGUAAACUUAAACAACUUGCCAAGCACGAGUGCCACGUGAAGCGCUUCGACCGCUACAAGUUCGAAGUCACCAUGGGCAUGCCGCAAGAGAGGAAGACCAAGAACGGGACCUUUGUGGAGGACGAAGACGCCACCAAGGACAUCGUCCUGCGCGCCAGCAAUGAGUUCAAGUCGGUGCUGCUGCACUUGAACACGGGAAGCCUGGUGGAGUUCAGCACCAUCCUGGAGGGACGUCUGGGCUCCAAAUGGCCCGUUUUCGAGCUCAAAGCCAUUCACUGCUUGUCGUGCGGCAACGCCCGCCUGUCCAGCCGUCGACAGUACAAGAUCGAACACGACUGGAGGCGCACGGCCCAGAGCGCCCUGCAGUUUGGCUUCGACUUCUUCUUCAACCCUUUCCUGACCGCACGAUUACACCAACCCUCUGACGUUGAAACCGACGCUGUCACGGAAGUGACAGCGUAGUAUUCCCUCAUCUAACUUGGUGUGGCUUGAUUCAUUUGUCUUCUGUAACAAACUGUUCUGAGAAAACAUGCAUUCCUCUAAACGGGAAGAUUCAGCUUCUGUGUGAAUUUUCAUUGUUCUUUUGUGUUUGCGAGUAGUGUCAUGUUUUCAAAGGUCAACACUAAAAGACGCCUCCAAAACCUUGGGGUCACAUUUGGUCUUGUGACCAAUGUUUUCAUAAUUUUGAAGAUGUUUUUUUUUUUAAUGUUACCAACUUGUUGCAGAGUCAAAUGAGGGGAGUAACUAUCGAAGUGCGACUUUUAUCAGGCGGUUUAUAUUAGCAAGUUGCGUUCAAGUGCCUAAAUUGCAUUUUACAUACAAAACAUUUCUGGGAUUCUUUUCAUUUCAAAAAUUAUUCCAAUUAUUUAUUGUGCCUUCCCUUCCUCUUACGUCUGUGUUUAAAAGCCUGCUGUGCAGGAAUCAAAAAUGUUAAAUGUUAUAUCUGAAUUGGGAUCAGCAGUAUUUUCUGCUCUGUGACCCAGAAAAUAAUUCAUCGUGUUGUAUUUAUUGCACAUAGAAAUGCUGAGCUUUACAAAGAAUUGAGUAGCCUUGAUUGGAAUUUGAUAAAUUCAUGAUAAACAUG